CUCCUCCCACUCCACUCCUCCCUCGCUCUCUCCCCAAAUGAUCGAAGAUCUCGCCUCCAGCGCCGGAGAUCCCUCCGAUGGAGCUCCGCAAUCGAAUCUCCUCGUCACAGGAGCUGCGAUUCGACGGUUUCGGCACCGGAAAUGGUGCCCCUUUGAUGGAGGACCAGACGAGGAGGGAAGGCCAUCUUGAUCCUAGGGUUCCAGCUGGUUCUGGUGUUGGAGGGGCGAAAUACAAGUCCAUGUCUCCGGCGCAGCUCCCGAUCUCGCGGUCCCUUCGCCUCACCAUCCCGUCUGGCUUCAGCCCCUCCGCGCUCCUCGAGUCCCCGGUUCUACUCACCAACAUGAAGGCAGAGCCUUCUCCAACCACAGGGACUUUCUUCAUGCCUUCUAUCAUAAGGGGUCCUGCUAAUUCUGCUAUGUUAUCAUCUCCAAGGGAUAAAUCUGAAGGUGACGGACACUUUGGAAGUUUUGAAUUCAGACCCAAUACCAGAUCAAACCUUUCCUGUUUGGCACCAUCGGUAAUUCUCUUUUAUCUUAGCAGUGCAGUAGCAGUGAACGUAUCAUCUGCAGGAAAAGCCGUCAGUACUGCCAGCACCCAGAGGCUGAGGGAUUCAGAUAGUUUAGAGUUGGUGCCUUUACAGCACAGAUGGCACUGCAGGCGAAAAUACGGUCAAAAACAUGUUAAAGGAAGUGAAUUUCCCAGGAGCUAUUACAAGUGCACACAUCCUAACUGUCAAAUGAAGAAGCAAUUAGAGCGCUCUCAUGAUGGACAGAUUACAGAAGUUGUCUAUAAAGGUCAUCAUGAUCAUCCUAAACCUCAGCCUAAUCGUAGAGUAGCCAUUGGUUCAGUUCUCUUAAACCAAGGAGAAGAAAAAACUGAUGGAUUCUCUUCUUUGGUGAAUGAUGAAGGUAUGUCAUAUCUUUAUCAUUCUUUCCAAUAUAUGAGAAACAGUGUUGCCAAAUGCUGCACGGACAACAUAUACUUAUCGGCUGCACGAUGUACUAAUGGACGCGAGCUCUCCCGUCUCUCAGUAAGCGAUGAAGAUGCAGAAAUUGGUGGUGCUCGUCCAAGCCAUGUCGGCGAAGAUGGUGUUGAUGGCGAUGAUCCGGUGAAUCUAAAGCAGGUGAUGGAAGAAAGACAUGGGAGUUACCACAAGUGCCGCACCAUCACCGGGUGCCUGUAAAGGAAACAUGCGUUGAAAAGAGCCUCGCAUGAUCCUAAAGCAGUCAUAACCACAUACGAGGGUAAACACAACCAUGAUGUACCUGCAUCAAGGAAUAGCUGCCAUGAAACUACUGCCCCGCCCCUGAUUGGAGCCGGCAUGAACACUCUGAACAGUCACAUGACCGUUUCUUUGAACGGAAUAUUAAGAACCUGUGACAUGAGGUCCAUCUCCCAUCACUACAACCAAUCUGAUGAAGCAGACACAUUAAGCCUUGACCUCGGUGUUGGCAUCAGUCCAAGACAGAACUCAUCCAAUGAGAAACUCCAUGCACCAGAUACCCAACAAACCCAGAAUCAAAUGCAUCUCACCAUGUCAGAUUACAACAAAUCAGUGGCUCAAGCAACUCCAAUGCCGAUGUUGUAUGGAAGCUCAAGUCAUAACUUGUAUCGGUCUAGAGAAGACAAGGAGGAAGGUUUCACUUUCAAUACCCCAGCUAUCAACCAUGCGGCAAACCAGUAUUUCCCGAACCCAGGAAAUCUAGUUAUGGGUCCAUAAAAAGUUCGUCUUUGGUGAUUCAACUGGUUUCCAUUAGAGUUAAGCACAAAUCAGUGUUGUUACUUGCAAGUUGUAUAAUUGUAACAUAAUUUUUCCUCAUGAUUUCUGCUGAUGGAUGGUUUGUUAGCUACUGCAAAAUCAACAGCAGGAAUCAUGUUUUUGGAAAGUCUUGUCUUGUAUGUUGAAAAACAAGAUUAUAUUGGCCUCAGUGUUAGCUGUAUAUUAAUCAAUUAUCAACUGUUGUAAUUGUUUCUGGAUUAAAAUAGUUGUUUUAUGUACAAGAAUUACCGAGUUGGCAAACUCGGAAAACAGCUCUUGUCGAUGAUUUACUAAUAAU